AUGAAGUCCCUCUUGACUCUUACGUUCGCUUGUCUGCUGCUCAACGCCGGCGCUACCCUUGCGGGACGAGCUCUAGCCGCGGAUGAGGUCUUCUCCCCAAUACAUGCCAGAUUACAAAAGCGUGCAGAGUGCGGUAUGGGGAGUGGAUCCUGCCCUAAGGGAUCCUGCUGCUCAGGAAGUGGCUUCUGCGGCACGACUGAGGACUAUUGCGAUGGUUCCAGCUGCCAGUUGGACUACAGCGACUCCUGUGAUACUUUCUUUGGACCUCCGGGGAUAAGCACAGAGAGUAUUCCUCGACCCAGUCUCGGGAACGUGCCUUACGGCAGUAUCAUCACGACUUGCAUAACUCCUGGCGUGAUUGCGCUUACUUUUGACGAUGGCCCGUAUAUUUAUACCAACGGGAUGCUAGAUCUCCUAGACCAGUAUGGCGUCAAGGCAACCUUCUUUGUCACUGGUAACAACCGCGGCAAGGGGCACAUUGAUGACUCGUCUACGCCGUGGCCUACCAUAUUGAGGCGUAUGCACUCUGCAGGCCAUCACAUUGCCAGCCACACUUGGACUCACCGUAACCUAAUUCAGGUUAAUAGUACUAUCCGCAAGACGGAGAUGAUCUACAACGAGAUGGCCUUCCGUAACCUCUUCGGGUGGAUCCCUACUUAUAUGCGGCCGCCAUACUUGGAAUGCGAUGCGGCGUCUGGCUGCCUCGACCUGAUGAAGCAGCUUGGCUACCACGUCGUCAAUACGAACCUUGACACUAAGGACUAUGAAUAUGAUGGGCCUGACCUAAUUCAAAUCGCCAAGAACAGAUACUCUGCCGGGGUUUCCUCUAACUCAGGCAGCAACAACUACAUUGUUCUCGCCCACGACGUCCAUGAGCAGACUGUCCAUAACCUAACUUCUUAUAUGAUCCAGACGGCUCGGAAUCGCGGCUACAAGCUCGUUACUGUGGGUGAAUGCCUUGGCGAUCCUAAGGAGAACUGGUACCGAACCGUCGGUUCUCAGCCCACCCCAACCCAGGCCUCCACCCAGGUUCCCCAGCCGACAAGCACAACUAAGCCCUUGAAUAUUUCGCCCGACCAGAGGUGCGGUGGAACCACGGGCUACACCUGCAUGAAUUCCCGCUUCGGCAACUGCUGCUCUUGGUAUGGCUACUGCGGCUCGAGCGAUGCCUACUGCGGAACUGGCUGCGACUCGGACUUUGGGGAAUGCAAGCCGCCCACGGGCAGUAUUCAGGACACAACCAACGGCCUCUGUGGAUCCACGUUCAAGGCAACCUGUGCCAACUAUGGAUCCAAGACGUGCUGCUCGCAGUACGGAUAUUGGUGA